GCCGCCGUGGACGACGAGGCUCCCUCGCGGCCCUCGCAGCUGCCGAGCGCGGAGGCCGCCGAGCGGCCGCCGAGCGGCCGCGGCGCCCCCCGGCCAGAGGCGCUGGGGGCCGGCGCGCCCUGCGGGCCGGACAGGAGUGCGGCCGCGGAGCCCUGCGGCGGCGCGGGCGAGCGCCCGGCGCCCUCGCCGAGGUGCGGGGGGCCAUCGGAGCUGCGGGCGGUCGAGGAGUAUGCGCAGAGCGAGGGCUUCUGCGCCGAGGAGCCGCUGGAGCUGCUGUCAGGCAUGGCCGGCGCGCCCCCGGGGGCCAGUUGCCCGAUCCUGCUGCACCCCUCCUGCCUGCACGGGGCGGCCGCGGCGGCGGGCCCG